AUGUACACGCUGAUGCACAUGCCGCACGCUGAUGGGCAGUUCCCAGCAGGCGCCGAUGCUAAGUCUGCUGGGCAGUGCCAGGGAGAAGGCAGCCUUUCGGCGGCUGGAGAUGCUCGGAGGCACCAGAGGGGACGCGCUGAGCACCGCAGACACACCAUCACCAACGGCGUGGACUUCAGCAUGCUGAAGCAUAUGAAGGAGCUGGAACAGGAGAAAGAUUUUCUGCUCCAGGGUCUGGAGAUGGUGGAACGUGCCCGGGAGUGGUAUCACCAGCACAUCCAGUUUAUGCAGGAACGCCAGAGACUCCUGGGGAAAAACAAAAGCAGCACGGACUUCCUCCCUGACGGCAGCCAGAGCCACCUGGGGCGCCUGCUCCCCAAGCUGCAGGAGGUGAACCGCUGCCUCAGUGACCUCCUUUCUGCGGUGGGCAAGUCAGCAAACCCUUCCUCAGCUCUGACCAGGCCGGGCCCUGCAGGCCCUGUGGUGUCCCCAGCCUCAGCAGGGUCCCAGCAAGCCAUCAGUAUGCUGAAGGAGCAAAACCGGCUUCUCACCAAGGAAGUGACUGACAAGAGUGAACGCAUCACCCAGCUGGAGCAGGAGAAAUCCGCCCUGAUCAAGCAGCUCUUUGAGGCUCGGGCUCUCAAUAACCAUGAAACAAGCCAGCUGGACUCCACCUUCAUCUAAUGUCUGCCUCCUGGAGCUCCUGCUGGCCCCACACUUGAGCUCUCCCCUGGGCUUUUUUUGGAGCUAGGACUCUUGCCUGAAUCUCACCGCAUCCAUUGUUCCUGGUGGUGUGUCUCAGRGCCUGGGGAGGUGCAGAACCCCAUGGUAUGUCUACGUGAGGAAGCCAGAGGAAAGCACUUUCCUGAUCCUGCUUGUGCAGGCCUGGGAUAUCUCCCCUCUUUGCUGUGCUGCUGGACUUGGUCAGCUGCACCAGUUGCAAGCUGCUCCUUUUCUUGCCUUCAAAACUGACUGCAGAGACUGAACCCCCUAUCCUGUUUCCUCUGUGCUGGGUGCUACCUGCACAGUCUGUGUGAGGUUGGGAUGGGGGCCUGCUGUACCCUUGGCCUGAUUUAGGCUGAAUUGUGGCUGCUCUCUGAAAAAGAUGAUAUCUUUAACACUCCACUUGGCAUCUCCAACCAACCUGGCCGCUGAAGGACCGCUUGCUUAUGACAAGAGGAGGAGAUUGAAAAUCGAUAAUGAGGCGAGCAUGGCGUCUCUCUGCUGCCUGAGUUCUGCCUGCCGCUGCAACCAAACUGGGUUAGAGCAAUACUUGAGCUGCUGCUCCUCUUAGGAUCAUCUCUCCCCCUGUUCUGGAGGAGUGUUGAUGAAGUUGUUUACACAUCUGGAGGCUCAUCCUGUAGUUGAUGAGCCAUAGACCCAAGUGAGAUCACGUGUAUCUCUAAGCUAGUGUUUCAGGCUGUUUGUGGAUACAGGCAGACGCUUCUGAAUCAAUUUUGUUUGACCUGGCAAAUGUUUCCUUACGAUUGCUAGGAUUAUAUUUUUGUGAUUACUUUAAAAGCAGAGAUAAUGUCCUCUAGCAUGAGGACUACGUGACAGAAACCUGAUUUCACAGAGGGCAUUUAGAAGUAGGAUUCUUAUCUAACUGAACGUGGGUAAUGGAGAGGAGGUUGGUGGGCUUUUUSCUUUGCACAUCUCCAAGUGGAGAAAUGGCAGGUUUGCCUGUCCUGGUGUUGUACCCAGGGUCCCCUGGUGACAUCGUAGGUGUGAACUGCAUCCCUCUCCA